AUCAGCUAGAGAACAAAGAGAACAACAUUAAUAGUACUGGAUCCCUUUACAUAUCCCAUAUAACCCAGAUACAUACGAACAGCUGAGAAAAAAAAAAAAAUGUGGGCUACAUUGGAAAAACUCUCGCUUUCACCUGGAGCUGUUUCAAAUUCUUCACAAUCGACCAAGAUGGUUUUGGUUGCUGCAGCAGCCUCUGUCAGUACUGCAGCCGUCUUGUUAGGAUAUCAGGGUUUGCAGCGGCGUAACAAGAACGGUCGUUCAUUGACUCUGAAGAAAAACAAGCCAACGUCGGAUCCUGUCCUUGACAUGGAGUCAUUAGAGCAUAUCAGUCAUGAUGGAUACAAACAACAGCAACAUAGAUAUCAGAAGCAGCAGACUACUGGCAAAAAAGUAGAAUUCAGUGAGGAACUGAUCCAAGAGCAAUUGGCUAGGAACAUUGCGUUCUUGGGCGAGGAAGGUGUCCAGAAACUACGUGAUUCUUUUGUGAUUGUUGUUGGAGCAGGUGGAGUUGGGAGCUGGGCCGCUAGUAUGCUUAUCAAGAGUGGCGUUGGCAAAAUCCGGAUCAUUGAUUUUGAUCAGAUUUCAUUAACAGGAUUGAAUCUUCAUGCGAGUGCUAGUCGCUUGGACAUUGGCAAACCCAAGGCCAUAGCUUUAAAAGAGUAUUUCAGGGAAAUUGCGCCUUGGGCGGAGGUAGAUGCUCAUGUGGAACGACUUGAUAAGGAUUCGGCCGCUAGACUUCUUGCAGACAAACCAGAUUAUGUUGUUGAUGCCAUUGGAGAUCUAGGAACAAAGUUACAGUUACUCAAGUAUUGUCACGAGAACCAGAUCCCUGCGAUUAGCUCGCUUAGUGCUGGCAUCAAGGCAGACCCUUCUCGCGUGCUGAUCAGUGAUAUCUCUGAGACUUUUGAGGAUCCUUUGGCGAAAGUGGUGCGUCGCAGAUUAAAGAGACUUGGCGUGGACUAUGGCAUUGAAGUUGUCUAUUCUUCAGAGAAACCUUAUAAAAUCAAGCCUAAAAAGACAUCAUUGCCAUUAACAGGAUCAGAGACGCCAGACAAUGGAUAUCGGAUCCUUCCUGACUUUCCUUCCAAUACCAAGCUGCCAGUGUUGGUGCCUUUGCCUGCCAUGUUUGGUAUGUCGAUGGCAACAUUUAUCAUCUGUAAGCUAGGAGGCUGGGAGAUGGAGCCGUUAUCAGUCAAGUUCCGGAUGGAGCUCUAUCAGCGUCUACAUCGGAAUCUCAAGGCUCUAGAGGAGACACGCUUCAACAUGCCUGUAGACAAUAGUAAUAACGACAGCGACGAUGAUGGCAACGGCAAGUUCCCAUUGAAUCGCCAUGAUAUUGGAUACCUUGUGGAGGAAAUGUUCCGAAGCAGAAGCGCCAUCUCGGCUAGUAUGGACAAGAUCGCGAUCUGUCGGUGGAGAAGAGAUGAGAAGCUGAGUCUGCUGAAUGCAGUUGUCUUGACUGAACGGGAGAUGGAAAGGCAUUUGGCAUUACCUAAGGAUGCAGAUUUGUUGGAGGUCUAUGGAAAGGAUGUGGUUGAUUAUGUAGAAGGGCGGUAUAAAGAGGAGGAACAGAUCAGCCAUAUGUAACCAUCAUC